AUGGAGGUAGAAGACAAAGAAAUACACAUGCAGAUCACACUAGAACAGAAUGCAAAGAACGCUGUGAGCCUGCUGCUGCCCUCUGCUGGCCGCAUGUCAAAACACAGAGGUUGCCUACGACGCGAAGGGGAGGGUCCUCGAGUCCACGGAUCUUACACCUUCAAUCAUUUUUCCCACCUUACGGGGACGAUAAUCCACAGAAGCGGGGCAACGCAGGACCUUAUUAACGGGCGAGUACCUGGAGUAAUUAUUACCUCUAGGGUCAGUCCAUCCCUGCUUGGUGCUCAGAAAGUGAGAAAGAGAGAGAGAGAGAGAGAGAGAGAGAGAGAGAGAGAGAGGAGAGAGAGAGCGAACCCGCCCACGAAUGACCCGCCCACCAAGACCCGCCCACCAAGACCCGCCCACCAAGUCCCGCCCAUCAAGGACCCGCCCACCAAGACCCGCCCACAAGACCCGCCCAUCAAGGACCCGCCCACCCAGGACCCGGCCCGCCCACCAGACCCGCCCACCAAGACCCGCCCACCCGCCCACCAAGACCGCCCACCAAGACCCGCCCACCAAGGACCCACCCACCAAGACCACGCCCACCAAGACCCGCCCACCAAGAACCCGCCCACCAAGUACCCGCCCACCAAGUACCCGCCCACCAAGUCCCCGCCCACCAAGACCCUCCCACCAAGACCACGCCCACCAAGAACCCGCCCAUCAAGAACCCGCCCACGAAUGACCCGGCCCACCAAGACCCGCCCACCAAGACCCGCCCACCAAGAACCCGCCCACCAAGACCCGCCCACCAAGGACCCGCCUUUCCAGGCCCGCCCACCAAGUCCCGCCCACCAAGUCCCGCCCACCAAGAACCCGCCACCAAGACCCGGCCCACCAAGGACCCGCCUUUCCACCCGCCCACCAAGUUCCCGCCCACCAAGAACCCGCCCACCAAGACCCGCCCACCAAGGACCAUCCCACCAACACCAAGAACCCGCCCACCAAGACCAACCCAUCCAAACACACGACCAUGCAAAGAAGAAACCCGAGGACAGAGAUAUUACUACAAGAGAAAUACGUAGACAGGAAAAAAUAUAAGAGAAAGGGAACAGAAGAUAAAGAAGAAGGAAG